CACCGCACGCGCUUCUUUUCGGAUUUUCGGGUGACAUUUUAUACGCAGCAGCAGCGCAUUUUCACCAAUCAAGUUAUCCGCGCGAAGGAAAAAAAAAAAUCAAUUUCUCCUGGUAUCUGUAAAAUCGUCGGCGUCCUAUUUCAAGUGCGCGGAAGAAAGUGUCACCCGCCGCCGCCAAGAUGUCCGUCGUGAUCGAGACCACGAUCGGGGACAUUACGGUGGAUCUGUUCCUGAAGGAGCGUCCCCGGGCAACGCUGAACUUCCUGAAGCUGUGCAAGCUCAAGUAUUACAACUUUAACCUGUUCCACACGGUGCAGCACGGGUUCAUCGCGCAGACGGGCGACCCGAGCGGUUCCGGCGAUGGCGGUUCGUCGGUGUGGGGCGUGCUGGAAGGUAAACACAAGCGCUACUUUGAGGGGGAAACGGUGCCGAAGAUUAAGCACACCGAGCCGGGCCUGCUGUCGAUGGUUUGCGCCGGGGAGGGUUUGCUGGGGUCGCAGUUUUUCUUUACGCUGGGUCCGGAGCUGCUGUCGCUGGACGGGGGCGGACACUGUGUGAUUGGGGAGGUUACGGAGGGUCAUGAAGUGUUGCGGAAGCUGAGCGAGGUGAUUUGCGACGAGAAGCACCGGCCGUACAAGGAUGUCCGGGUUACGCACACGGUGGUGCUGGAGGACCCGUUCGAGGACCCGCGGGGUUUCCGGGUGCCGAGUCGGUCGCCGUCGCCGUCGGCGGAGCGGUUGGCCGGGGGAAGGAUUGCGGCGGACGAGGAGAUUGACGAUACGGAGGGGAAAAGUGCGGAGGAGAUUGCGGAGAUGAUGGCGGAGAAGGAGGCCAAGGCGCGGGCUACGAUUCUGGAGAUUGUCGGGGACAUUCCGGACGCGGAGAUGGCACCGCCGGAGAACGUGCUGUUUGUGUGCAAGCUGAACCCGGUCACAACGGACGACGAUCUGCAGAUUAUUUUCAGCCGGUUCGGGAAGAUCGUGGGCUGCGAGGUGAUCCGGGACAAGGUCUCGGGGGAUUCGUUGCAGUAUGCGUUUAUUGAGUUUGAGGACAAGAAAUCGUGCGAGGACGCGUACUUCAAGAUGGACAAUGUGCUGAUCGACGAUCGGCGCAUUCACGUGGACUUUUCUCAGUCGGUGGCGAAGCUGCGCUGGCGGGGCAAGGGUCGGGGCAUCGAGUAUCUGGACGGGGCGGACAAGAAGUCGUUCAAGGACAUCGAGUACAAGGACGAGCGGCGUGACCGCAAGCGAGCCCCCAGUCGACUGCGCAAAUCUACCAGCUCUGCGGAAGAAUCCGAGCGGGAGUCUCGGCGAAGCCGCUCGCGUACAAGAAGCUCACGGAGAAGCCCUCGGCGCAGCCCAAGACGGGGACGGCGUACGCCAAGGAAGCAUCGCGGUGGCAAGCGUCGCAGGCGGUCCCCGUGGCGUCGUGGCCGUGCUGGUCGUGGAGGAGGCGGUGGUGGUGGCGGAGGAGGAGGAGGCAAGUCCGACAAGAAGGUUCAACUCUCGGAGGAUAACUCGGCCCACAUGGAGGAACGCAACGGGCGCGACAUCCGCGUCGUCGCCGGCAUGGUGGACUACAAGAACCGUCCGUACCCGACGUCGUUCAUCAAGCGAAAUGCUCCUCCCGGAGGAGGAGGUGGAGGCAGUGGUGAAUCUGCGGCAAACCGUCGCCGUAACCGGUCCCGUUCGCCGCUGCCCUUCCGCAACAAGCGUAGAUCGCGUUCGCGCAGCCCGCUGCCCUUCAGAAGACGCUCCCGCUCACGGAGUCCACUCCCGCUGCGGCGUCGGUCACGCUCCCGCAGUCCGCUCCCAUUUAGACGGGUGUCGCGCUCGCGAAGCCCCCUCCCGCUGCGCCGUCGCGAUUCACGCUCGUUGAGUCCGGUUCGUCACCGCCAGCGGUCCUACUCGCCCGAACCCAUCGCCCCCAGACGUAACCUGUCGCCGUCCCCGGGACCGGCGUCUCGCCACUCGAGAAGGCGCAGCCGCGAUUACUCCGGCGCGGAAUCGUCCGACGGGUACGACCGGCGUCGAAAGGACUCGGAACGCCGCCGCCGAAGCAGCAGCAGCGGCAAGAAAAAGUCCAAACCCAGCAGCAGCAGCAAACGGUACUCGUCCGGGUCGGAGUCCGACGGGAGCGGCGGAUCGGACCGGCACCGCAGACACAAGAGCAAGAAAAGCAAGAAGGACCGCAAGUGAAUCGCGAUGAAGUUUAGAAUUUUGCCUGUUUUUUUUUAUUACCAUCGGGAAGCGGCAUUCGGCCGGGGGAGGACAAAACUUCGGCUGGCUAUAUAAAACCGACUUCUCGACUAGGAUGAACUUAACACUUGAACACACACAUACAGACAUGAUUGAAUUAUGAACAUUUCACUGGAGAAAACAAAAAAAAAAUCUUAGAUGUAAAACCUUAAACAACGAUGUGUACGAUAAAAAGCAACUGCGAUUGUGCAAAAAAUAUCCCGCGAGUGUGUUUAGUUGUUUUUAUUUGAAUAUAGAUUUGAUAAUCCUUUCUCUCUGCCAUCGAA